GUUUUUUAUUUAUUUAUUUAAAACUAGGCACAGUUUCAAAAGUUAACUAGUUCAUGUUCCUUCCUUUGCACUUUCCACUUCUUUUGUUUGAUGAGCUGCUUUACAAAAUACUGGGCCGCCACACUCUAUAUAAUUAAUAAGAAACACUGCAAUAAUAUUAUAUUAUUUUAAUGCAUUUAAAUAAAUAGAAGCUAUUUUAAGAAGUUGCAAAUCUGAACAGGACCAUUUUGUUUCCAUAGCAUAAUGAUGUACCACCAUAAUCUCUAGAUUUGUCUAAUUUGCCCUAUUUCAGUCUAAUGAGGAGGUAAGUAUUUGUUCGUGAACAUGAAUAUGUGCAACAAUCCUGUCCACAUGGGGCGGUAUUAUCCAAUGUAUAGGUUGUUGUUACCUGGUGUAGUGAGUGUGUUGUUCAAAACUGCCGAAACCCGGGAUCGAACCAGGGACCUUUAGAUCUUCAGUCUAACGCUCUCCCAACUGAGCUAUUUCGGCCUUUAUAGGGGUCCCAUAGACAUACGUCAGUCUCCGGUAUAUAACUAUGGACAUAUCAGUGUAUAAUUAAUCGCAUGCAUGUCACAUGCAGUACUAUCAUAACAUAUUUACAGGUAAAUGUACGUAAAACCGAUAAAGACCCACUAUAAAUGGCUGUUAAAGAGCCAACAUAUUAUAGCUCAACUCAUCAUGAGUGGUGUAGAUCUUUUUCACAGCAGUCACUUUGAUAUGAACUAUUCGGCUAAACACAGGUGGUGCCAGUGAAGUUCACUAAUUGAAGUUCACUUCCAUUCAUGUCAAACAGGGUGCCGCUGUGCUGCACGCUGGCUCACUGGAAAGGCUCUGCUGAGAUAAACGGAACGGGACCUUAAUUAGUUUAAUCGGGAACACCUGUGCACGUGUAGCUGCAAUGACUAAUGACUAAUAUUUUACAGUAAAUCAUCAGAUGCAUUGUACAGACCAUGUACUCCAUUUCAUGGGAACAGCAAACAAAGUGUUAAUUUGGCUUCCAAAUUCCUACACAUGUGCUGGGCUGGGCACCCAAGUCCAAUCUAUGAGGGCCCACAUGACAAUUUACAGGACUUAAAUACUAAUACUAAUGUAUUUCUGCGAGAUAACACGAUACUCACAAUAAUAGGCAGGGGUUAUAAUGUUAUAGCUGAUCAGUGUUUACCAAAAUAAAUACUAGUGGCCCGUACGGGGAUCGAACCCGCGACCUUGGCGUUAUUAGCACCACGCUCUAACCAACUGAGCUAACCGGCCAUGGAGAGACGUCACCGUGACGUCGUCAAAUCUGCGGAAUAGAAAGUAAAACUUAACCUUAACUUAACAACUCCUCACUGACGGGCCACACCUAUGAUUAUAUAAGUUGUCAUCCAGGCCACAGACUUAGACAGUGUCAGAGUCGGUCUAAGUAAAGUGGAAGGAAUCUAUGAGGGAAAAGCAACAAAAGACACAAGUGCUGCAGAUCUUUGUGGGACUUGAACAACGUCCUCGGCCAGCCACUUUUCCUAAAUCAAGAUGUCAGUGCAGUUCUCUGGAUGGGAGGUGGUGGAUGAUGGCGCUUCUUUUCCCGGUGUGGAGCUGGAGCCCUCCCAGAAACCCCAAAAACGAGGCGUCUACACCAUGUACCAUGGGACCAGCGUUGCCAGCGCAAAGGCCAUCAUUAGCAAUGGUUUUAAGCAGUCAUCAGGUGGCAUGCUGGGAAAGGGAGUGUACGUCAGUCGUGAUAAGAAAAAGGCAGCUCAUUAUCCAUUGAGGAGCCAGAUUUCAGACCGCGUGGUCCUUGAGUUACGUGUGCGCCCUGGCCGUGUCAAGCGUAUCGACCAGGACAACCAUCCUCUGCAACACACCUGGCAUGCAAAUGGCUAUGACACCGCCUGGGUGCCCCCCAAGUGUGGCCUCAGAUCUGUGCCCAGCGGCCUAGAGGAGGAUUGUGUGUUUGACCCCAAAAGGGUGGAGGUAGUGGGCAUUGCAAAUGCACCGAACCCCACCAUAAAACAAGAUCUUCAACAGCUUGUGUCAAAUUCCAAAAAAACUGGAAAAGGAAAAGGCAAAAGUGCAGCAGAUGUGUGUUCGCUGUGUAAGAGGAAGACCCAGCAGGAUUCUCCACACAUCAAGCAACAGUGCUGGGAGUGUGGGAAAAACAUCUGCAUCCUCAUGACCAAACAUUUCUGUGCAGCCAAACCCUGCAGGAUGUCACUGCCGUUCUAUGGCUGGGAGGUGACCUAUGACGAUGACUCCCCCCGUGUGGAGCUGGGGGAGUCCCAGGAGCCCAAAGACAGUGGGGUCUACACCAUGUACCAUGGCACAAGUAUCGCCAAUGCAAGGCUCAUCAUUGCCAAUGGCUUUAAGCAGUCAUCAGGUGGCAUGCUGGGAAAGGGCGUGUAUGUCAGUCGUGAUAAGAGGAAGGCGGAACGUUAUCCACUACAUAACAACCCUUCAGACCGCGUGGCCCUUGAGUUACGUGUACGUGUUGGACGUGUCAAGCGUAUUGACAAGGACAACCAUCCCAUGCAGUACACCUGGAGCUCACAGGGCUAUGACACUGCUUGGGUGCCCCCCAAUUGUGGCAUGAAAGCUGUGCCCAGCGGCCUAGAGGAGGAUUGUGUGUUUGACCCCAAAAAUGUGAAAGUCGUUGGCAUCGCAAAGGCACCAAGCCACGUACAGACAGAGCUUCAACAGCUUGUAGCUAAUAGUCUGAGAAAUCCCAGUGGAGGAGAUGCCGGUGCAGCAUCACAUGGUGGCGGUGCUGCGGAUGUGUGCUCGCUGUGCAAGAGAAAAACCCAGCAGGGUUCGCCACACAUCAAGCAAUCAUGCUGGGGCUGUGGGCAAAACAUCUGCACUCUUAUGACCAAACACGUCUGUCCUGGUCAUUUCUGAGAGGGUGUGAAGAGAGAUGGAACGAGGACCCACCUGCAUAUUCCCUUCUUAUGUGGUCGAGGCUCAGGAUAAAAACAAUGUUUCUACUUUUUCUCACUCAGGAUUACUUUCCUUUUCCUUCCACAAAUUAUAGCUGUAAUCGGUAAAAGUUGCUGCUGAACAUGCCUCGACAAUCUCUGUAUGUUAUCUGUAAACUCCUUUUGUAUGAAUGAUGUACUGCUGAUGUAACUGAACCAAUAUUCUAAUCAUGUUCAUUCAGGGGGUUUUCCAAGACUGAGACUUGGAAAUAGUGUUCCCUUACCCCCUCCUUAGUUAACUUCCUUAGUUUUGUUCAACUCCUGGAUGCCUAUGGGAUCAUGAUUAUGUUAUUUGAUCACAAAGAUACUCUAUGAUUAAGCCAAGAAAGCCUAAAAUUACUACAGACAACCUCCCAACAUCAAAUACAUAAAAAGUGUCUGUCCUGAGGCUGUAAAUGACUAAGCCUCUUUAAGCAUUACACAUAUUUAGACUAAUCUAUGUGAUCUCCCUUUGAUAACUGAUGACUAUCUAUUAUUUUUCACUGCCAUUCACAGUCCCCCUUUGAAAACCUCUGUUAUAAUUUAAACUCCAUUUGUGUCGCUGAUAAGACGUGUGUGAAUUAUUUGUAAUUUAAGUUGAGACAAUCUUUAUAUAUUGAGCAGAAUGCCUUUAUUUCAUCCUGAAUGUGUACUGUAUACAUUUUAAAAUGAUACUGCAUGUAAAAACCAAAGAAUCACGUAAAGCCAAUAAAUGAUUUAGAGAAUUUA